UCCCCCUCCUCCUCCCGCGUCCCCUUCUCUCUCCUCCUGCUCGCCUCCUUAGGCUCCACCACUCCCGCCCAGCGCGUCCGCGGCAGGGAGGGGCCGGGAAGGAGGAGCCAGUGGUGGCCGAGAUCCCGGCCCCCGCAUGGUUCCCGGGCUGGAGCAGUGAUCCCGGCGCGCCCAGGUUCCUUCCGAAAGCGAGCUGGAGUCUGUGCUUGGCCGCCUGCGGGGAGCGGGGGCGGGGGCACGGCUAGAAAGAGCCAGAGGAAUCCAUAGGCAGAGCUGGGGAUCUGACCAGCACAGACAUGCCGGUGCUGUCUGAGGACUCUGGUUUACACGAAACCCUGGCACUGCUGACCUCUCAGCUCAGACCUGACUCCAACCACAAGGACGAGAUGGGCUUCCUGAGGGAUGUUUUCAGUGAAAAAAGCCUCAGUUACUUAAUGAAGAUUCACGAGAAGCUUCGUUAUUACGAGAGGCAAAGUCCAACCCCGGUUCUGCACAGUGCUGUGGCCCUUGCUGAGGAUGUGAUGGAGGAGCUGCAGGCCUCCUCUGUGCACAGCGAUGAGAGGGAGCUCCUGCAGCUGCUGUCCACCCCCCACCUCAGGGCCAUGCUCAUGGUACAUGACACGGUUGCCCAGAAGAAUUUCGACCCUGUUCUGCCCCCUCUACCUGAUAGUAUUGAUGAGGAUUUUGAUGAAGAAUCAGUGAAGAUCGUCCGCCUGGUGAAGAACAAGGAACCCCUGGGUGCCACCAUCCGGCGGGAUGAGCACUCGGGGGCUGUCGUGGUGGCCAGGAUCAUGAGAGGGGGUGCAGCAGACCGGAGCGGCCUGGUCCACGUGGGAGACGAGCUUCGAGAAGUGAAUGGGAUCACAGUCCUGCACAAGCGGCCUGACGAGAUCAGCCAGAUUCUGGCGCAGUCCCAGGGAUCCAUCACCCUGAAAAUCAUCCCAGCCACCCAGGAGGAGGACCGGUUAAAGGAGAGCAAGGUGUUCAUGCGGGCCCUCUUCCACUACAACCCUCAGGAGGACCGGGCCAUUCCCUGCCAGGAGGCAGGCCUGCCCUUCCAGCGAAGGCAGGUCCUGGAGGUGGUGAGCCAGGAUGACCCCACAUGGUGGCAGGCCAAGCGAGUGGGGGACACCAACCUUCGAGCUGGCCUUAUCCCCUCCAAGCAGUUCCAGGAAAGGCGCCUAAGCUACCGAAGAGCCACGGGUACCCUUCCAAGCCCCCAGAACCUCAAGAAGCCCCCCUAUGAUCAGCCUUGUGACAAAGAGACCUGUGACUGCGAGGGGUACCUCAAAGGACAUUAUGUGGCUGGUCUUCGGAGGAGCUUUCGGCUGAGCCGCAGGGAGAGAUUGGGAAGCCCACAGGAAGGAAAGAUGUCCACAGUAGCUGAGUCUCUGGAGCUGCUGACCUAUGAGGAGGUGACCAGGUACCAGCAGCAGCCAGGCGAGCGGCUGCGCCUCGUGGUUCUGAUUGGGUCUCUGGGAGCCCGACUGCAUGAGCUGAAGCAGAAAGUGGUGGCAGAGAACCCACAGCACUUUGGUGUUGCCGUGCCACAUACCACCAGGCCCCGAAAGAGCCAUGAGAAGGAGGGGGUGGAAUAUCACUUUGUGUCUAAGCAAGCUUUUGAGGCCGACUUACAUCACAACAAGUUCCUGGAGCAUGGUGAAUACAAGGAAAAUCUCUAUGGAACCAGCCUGGAUGCCAUUCAGGCUGUGAUGGCCAAAAACAAAGUCUGUUUAGUGGAUGUGGCGCCGGACGCAUUGAGACAACUGAGGACCUCAGAAUUCAAACCCUAUGUUAUAUUUGUGAAGCCUGCAAUUCAGGAAAAAAGGAAGACACCACCCAUGUCUCCAACUUGUGAGGACACAGCAGCUCCACUUGUGAGUGAUGAGGAGCAGCAAGAAAUGGCCACCUCCGCUGCCUUCAUAGACCAGCAUUACGGGCACCUGGUGGAUGCCGUGCUGGUGAAGGAGGACCUCCAGAGCGCACACAGCCAGCUGAGAGGGCUCUUAGAGAAGCUGAGCAAGGACACGCACUGGGUACCUAUUAGUUGGGUCAGGUAACUGUAUCCUAGAACAUCCAGGUUGGAGGGGACCUGGAAGACCACCUAGUCCAGCCAUGUUACCAUCAAGGAAUUGUAAGUGUGGAGAGGGGCGGAAUUUUCCAUAAACUCCAUCAUCAAGAAGAGUGGGAAGUCCUGUUUGGUGGGUUUUUGUCUAUUGUUUUUCACUGCACCCCUUUGGAGAAGAAAACAUGAGUGGAAAGGGGGCGUAUCACAAAAUAACAUGUCAUUUAUUAAAGUAUCACAGGCAAGUUGAUCCUGAUUCUUUGUAUCAAAGUUAAGUAGCCACUGUCUUUGGGGGGUGGUGAAUGUAUACAGUACCUAUUUGCAGAGAUGUAAGCUUUAGAAAGACACUUCAUUUAUCCAGCUUUGUUGGAAGUUGAGUUGUUUUACCCAAGGGCAUUUUCCCAUGUAACUGAAGUUCCCCUGUCUUCAAGCACCAAAACGUUGAUUUUUAACCUCGGUGAUGCUUGCCUGGCAAUGGAAAACUUGGUUCUCUGACUUCUCAAAUAGUGAGGAUACAUGAACAUUUUUGGAAGACUGAGGCACACUUCACUGUCAUCAUGAAUUUCUAGAUAUAGGCGUGUUUUCAGGGACUCUUAAGGAAGGUAAGGCUGCUUGUCCCCUUUCUAAAUACCCUCAGACUCCUACAACGGAGUCCUUGCUUUGUUUGAUUUGUUCGAUUCCGUCACUUGUCCCUCUCGUUAUUGACAGCUGCCCUGGUUCUUGCCUGCCCCUACCUUCAGAUUAUAGGGGCUCCUGUCAUGCUAGAUCAUGGGAAACCAGAUGAUCCACUCCCCUCCCCCCCAAAAACUGUUUAAGCCACGAUACAUCAGUCCUGACUGUAAAAAUCAAAUCGUAUAGACUGAGUAUGGGCCUAAUGGGUUGUUUCCGAGCAAAAGUGUUUAUCAUACAGGAUUUGUGAGAUAGCUUAGCUGCUCAGAGAAUUUUGUUUCUUAUUAAUAUCCAAUGUAUGUAUAUAAGUCUUUAUUCUGUGCCGGGAGCUAUGCUAAGGCCUUUAUGUACAUUACUUUGAUAAAUACUCCAAACCUAUUAUGGAAGAUUCUUAUCAGCUCCAUUGUAUAAUAAGAAAAACAAGGCUUAGAAAGUUUACAUAAUGUGUCCAAGCUUGCACAGUUUUAUUUUAUUUUGUUGGGGUGUUUUUUUUUUUUUGCAUAUUUUAUUUUACUUUAUUUUUUAUUAGUUUCAGGUAUCUGCACAGCUUUAACUAAAUGGUAGAGCUAUAGUGUUUGAGCCCAAGUCUUCCUAAUAUCAGAGAUGGUCAUCAAUUCCUAUACUAUACUGCCUCGUUCUUUUGUGGUCCCAUAAUUGUGGCUACUUGUACUUGCAAGUGAGGAAUGUGUUCACCGCUAGAAUUUACAAUACUAUGUAGCAUGGCUGUAACUUCUGAAAAGAGGCUGCAUAUAUGUGUAAUUUUCAAGAUAUUUUCCUCGAGAAAAAAAGGAGGCCAGGUUAAGGGUGAAGCACCAGGGACAUUUGCUGUCCGUUUAAAUUUUCGUUUUGCCUUGUAACACAAGGACGACUUUGUUGCUUUCUGGCUCACUAACCUGGUAGGUCCACCUAACAGGAUCACGUUCUUCAGAACUUCCUAGCAAUAGGAUGAAGACUUCUUUGCACUUACAGAGUACUGGAUUCUUAUCAAGUGACGUUAGUCUUGAGCUGUUUCACAUAGAACCGGGGCGGGAAGGGCAGCUGCCCCUUGAAGUGUGAAUGGUACAUGUGAAGUUGUGAGUAUUACAUAGGAGAGCUGUGAUCCAAAGGCAGCUCUCAGGCAAACACCACAUAUGUCAGAAUUACUCACCAUAAAUCCCCUACGGAGGCUCCCUGGUGGGGAUCCUAACCAUCUCUAACCAGGUCCCAUUUGGUGGUUUUUCCUCCAGUGUAGGAACACAGUGGUUGAGCACCAGAUGACUUUAUUUGUAUUUCAUACUACUCCACAGACUUCUUCUGCUUCUUAAUAUUUUUACACAAUUGUCAGAUGAAAUGAUCAUAAUACUCUUCAUGUGCAUUAUGAAGCAAGGCAUUGAAAUGUGAUGCUUGCUUUCCUUCCUGUCAAAGUAGCUUCCCCACCCCGAAGACAAGCUGUGUCUACAGCUGUUUGUCUGCUACUAAAUCUGUGAGAGUAGAAUGGAUAGGGCUCAGAUAGAGACAGAAGUCGUUUGUAAAGUGUUUCUGCUAUUUGUAACCAAGCAGAAAAGUGUUGGAAAAAAGACAUCCGUUUACAAAUAUAUAUUGGUGGGAUGUGGGCAAAUGCAAUUCCAACUCCCAUUCUAGCUAUUAAUACAUAUGUUCUGAGCUCCCGGGCAAAAAUUUCACAAAAGUUCAUCAGUUGGGUCCCCACACCAAAAAAAUCUCCUUAUUACAUACUCCUUGAGAUGUGUGCUCUAUGGAUUGUACCAAUGUCAACUUCUUGGUUCGAUAUUGAAUUAUAUAGUUACACAAGAUGCUAAUCCUGGGGGAAGCUGGUGAAGGGUGCAGGAGACACCCCGCGCCCCAUACAUUUGCUUGCAACUGCCAGUGAAUCUAAUUAUUUUAAAAUAAAAAGUUUAUUUAUUCGUGAUGAGAUCUUUUAAGAUCUACCAACUUUCAAAAUAAAAAGCUUAAAAAGUCAGGCUCAAAAACAGCAUGACCAGUCACAGAAGCCACGCACACGCGGUCUUGCCAUGUAUUUUGAUAUAUUUUUGACACUUUCACUGUUGCUGCUCCCUAUAAAUGAGCACAGUACAUGGAAAUGUCACUGAAGCAUUCUUUUCCAAUUCUGUGUAUUCACAGAGAAACUACUGGCAUUUGUUCUCUGUGCUGUCUGGACCUUAAUUUCAUCACAUGCUUUUGUUUUCCAUUUUGACAGAGCUGAACUUUUGGCUAGAUCAUCUCCCUACACCUAUUCCCCCCAGGAUGGUGGUGAUCGUGUAUGUUUUAAAAAGUUUUCUUUCAUUAAAACUUCUUUUCAUAGCC